AUUUUCCUUGUAUCGAUCCAAUGAUUUGAUUGAAUUUUUUUUACUUGUUUAUCUUUAAUAAUUUUACGAUAUUUCAAUGAUGAAUCAUUUUGAUCAUACAUUACCUACGGAUCAUCGUCACAACCAUCAAGUUCAAUUGGUUGUCGGUAAUGACCCCAAUGUUACUGCUAAUGCCGGCAUCAUGGAUGUAAAUAAUCAACAACAACCCAUUCAUCUUAUGGUUAAUCUUUCAAAUGGAAACAAUUCAACUGCAACGACUGUUCCAUUCGAUAAUCAUCAUCAACAGCAGCCCAAUUAUCAUCAUCCAGAUUCGAACACUGCCUCGAAUGAAACAAUCGAUUCGACCACGACGGCUUCCUAUGCAUAUUAUACUUAUGAUUCUUGUGGUCAAUUAACACCUGCCACUGGCGUCGGUACUUCUGCAACGGCAACACCAUUUCAAGUUUCCUGGAAUAAAGUUGAAUUGAUUCAACAACCAUCACAGAUGACGACACAACAGUCUGAUUGGUAUCAUAAUCAACAACAACAAUCUCGAAUGUUGACUUCGAAUGAACAAUCGCAGCAAACUGCAAUUCUGGUUCCAGGAUCUACAAUGCCUGGAAAUGUAACGACAAAUUUUGUCACCACAGCUGCAAAUUUCAAUCAACAGCAGCAGCAACAGUUUGUUGAUACGGAUCAUACAAAUAUACAACCCAUCCAGAUUUCUCUUGUUCCCACACAGUCUUCCGUCCAAACACAUCUCCAACCUACUCAAACGUCAAAAGCUAUAACGAAAAAAACUCAAAAACGAACUACAAAUUCAAAACAAUCGGGUAAAGGUGAAGGACGACAAUCCAAACCUGUAUCGGCAUAUGCCCUAUUUUUUCGUGAUACACAAGCAUCGAUUAAAACGGAAAAUCCAUCUGCCUCAUUCGGAGAAAUAUCCAAAAUUGUCGCUUCCAAGUGGGAGAUAUUAGCCAAAGAAGAUAAAAUCGUAUACAAAGAACGGGCAGACAUGGAGAAAAAAAACUAUUUACAAAAUCUGGCCUCAAACAAAGCUAAAGAAAUUGCCCAGACCAAUCAUUCAACUCCGCCACUGCAGCAAACUUCGACUGAAUCAUCAAUACAUUUGGCUACCAUUCCACCAUCUAUAUCGAAUCAACAACAAAUUACAAAUUCAGAUGACUUAACAGCGUUUGAAUCGGUUGAUACUGAACCAUCAAUGGACAUGUUGGUCGCUGCAGAUGAAAUGCUUACUGAAUCUUCAAUACCCGUUGAUGCUUACCAUCAAACAGCAUACAGUAAUUAUUCUCAUCAACAGCAACCUCAGACAACAAUGAAUCAAGCGAAUACGUAUCAUCACCAUCAUCAUUCUGCCUUGAAUAAUCCAUCGACUUCUAAUGUUAUAGAUUCAUUUCCACAUGCUGAGCUUCAUCAUCAUCCGCAUUUGCAUCAACACUCAUCUCAGCAACAUAUGCAUCAUUUCAUCCAUAGUAAUGAUACACAACUUGAUAAUAAAACUCAUCAUUCUACACGGCCAUCAUCGUCAACAUUUCCUUUCGCCGAUGAUGAUGAUCAAUCGGCUGUUUCAUUUUUUGUGAAUUCUUCCGAUGCCGAACAGAAUCUAAUAGAUUUAGGUAUCGAUCUCAAUGAUUUCGAUGAUAUCAACCUGUUGAAUGAUGAAAAUAUUUAUUCACCAACUAAUUCAUCGACAACGAAUUCAUUGUUUGAUACGGUCAAUCCGGUCGUAGGUGUUGAUCCGUUCCUUAGUUCAUUGGAGCAAACAACAUCAGAUCAUCAUCAUCAUCAUCAUCACCAUCAUCAACAACCGCAAUCAUCAGCUACAAAUGAUCCUAUUCUAACAUCCACAUAUGCAUCUGAUUCGAUAUUACAAGAUUCGUAUCCACAAGAAAUGAUUUAUGAACCCAAUGGCCGCACACCUGACAUUGAUCAACAAUAUGAAAAUAGUAAUAAUAAUUUUUUGCCCGAUUCAUCAUCAUCGGCAGUGGAUCAUGAUCCUCAAAAUGAACUUGAUUCAUCUGUUAUUGAAUCAGAUACAACACUGAUGAAUGGUGAUAAUAAUAAUUUAGGAGAUCAUCAACACCACAAUGAACAAUCUUCUAUAUGUGCAAGAGAUGGUUGUCAACGGACAACCAUCGAUUCAAAUCAAUGGGAUCGGGAAUUUUGUUCCGAAGAAUGUUGUGUCCGUUAUUGUUCUGAUGUUUUUCGUAAUUGGACCACGCGAAAACAACAGCAAAUGUCAACCGAUAUGUCACAACAUGUAUUAACAUCAUCUGCAUCGUCAGCUUAACGUUGCCAUUAUUUAUCCUAUCAUUUUUUCCCUUUUUAUUCGCAUUAACAUUGCAAAAACAUGUUCAAACUUUGCAAUAUAUUCAU